CAUUUAUGUCACAUAGGCUGUCAAGCGCGAACCAUAUAUCAAAAUUUUAGUUUUAGUAAGGCACUUAAAUACAUGAGAAAUGGAACUAUCAUAUAAUUAUGGGGAGAACGAAGGAAAAAAAUCUGUUUUGGUUCAUCGAAUAUACGAGAUAAAGAAUCUCAUCAGUUAUCUUCGGGAGCAGCUUAUUUUGGAGAAAAAGCUUUUGGAAAUAGAAAGGCACGGUGCCGGAUCUCAUGAUAAGAUAUCAGUGAAGGAACCCUCCUCAACAUCGGUUCAUCGAGAACCAUCUAUCUUAUUGGAUAAAAGCAAUUUAAAAGAAAUCGAAUCUAAGUGUACAACGGAAUUAUACAAGUUUGACGAAUAUAUUUCAAAUAUCCGUCAGCUUAAAUCAAAUUGGAUUAAAAUGAGAGAAAACGAGAAAUUGCGAAAGGAAAAAUACUCGAAUGAUGCCAGCAUUCCGAAAAAUCCGAAAGGCAGAGUUUUCUACGUUGAUAGCCAACUGUAUUAGUGCUAUCGUACGUUUGAUGAACCGUAAACAAUGCCGAUGUAAGUUUAACAGGAUGGAUAUUGCUUCACGAGGGAUGCAUUUUAUGCGUUGAUGUGGAUAUUGCUCCCAAAUUAAAAUCGUUAUUUGCUACAGUUAUUUGAUUUCCGUGUAAAAAAAGUCUGUAAAUAAAAUGCUUCCGUUACACAAAAAGA